AGGUUUUGACUGAAGAGAAAAGCCGAUCGGUUAAUUUGAAUCGCCGAUUUGGAAAAUGCACGGACUUUCGCGGCGAGCUCCGAAGCCGGAAGAAGAAGAAGCUCUAGCGGCCAAAGCCAGAGACCUCCGCGCUCUUCAGACUCAGUUCCUAUCGAAUCACCACAGCAAGAUAUACACCAAAGAAGCUCUCGAUGUAAGCGCCAAGCUCCUCGCGAAAAACCCCGAGUGCUACACCGCCUGGAAUUACCGAAAGCUCGCCGUCCAGCACAACCUCCUCGCCGUCCAGUCCCAGCCGGACUCCGAUUCCGACGCGAUCAAGUCUAUUCUCGACGAAGAGCUAAAAGUGGUGGGGGAUGCGUUGAAGACAAACUACAAGUCGUAUGGAGCGUGGCAUCAUCGGAAAUGGGUGCUGAGCAAGGGGCAUUGUUCUUUGGACUUUGAAUUGGGGCUUCUCAAGAAGUUUCAGAAGGAGGAUUCGCGGAAUUUCCAUGCUUGGAAUUACCGGAGAUUUGUGGCUGCAUUGUUGAAUAGAUCGGAGAAGGAAGAGUUGGAUUAUACGACUGAAAUGAUCCAAAACAAUUUAAGCAAUUACUCGGCCUGGCACAAUCGAAGUGUACUCCUGUCGAGUUUGCUGAAGAAAGACGCUCAAGGGUUCUGUCCAAAGGAGAAGGUUCUGAAUGAUGAGUACGAGCUUGUGCAACAAGCUAUUUUUACCGAUCCAGAUGAUCAAAGUGGUUGGUUUCACUACCAUUGGCUUCUUGAUCAAACGGUGAAAAUGGAUGCUCCCAUACUUGCUUCUUCUUGGCCUGCCCAUGGAUCCAAUGUCAUUCUAUCAAGAAAUGGGCACUCAGACGAUUGUUCAGCAUCACCUUUUGAAAGUUUCCAUUCUGAUUCAGGAACAUUUCCACUGGUUCUAUAUUUUAAUCAAUCUGUCAAAGGUGUAAAUUCAUCUACAGUAACUAUUGAAUCUUCAUUUUGCAUAGAAGAUUUGGAUUGGAAACCACUAUUACAAAUUAGCUCCCAGUUUUCCCAAGUUUGGGUUACACAUAUUCGAUUCCCAGAAGCAAACUCCCAGUCUGAAGAAGCUGGUCCACUGGAAGUUAGUGUACGACUGUCUCAGGGUAUUGUUUCUUCAAGUGGUUUUGACUAUAGCCAUCUGACACGGCUGGUUUUCAAAGUGUGUCUGUGUCCUGUUGAUACUGAACCAUCUAAAAAGCAGGGCAGGGAUCAAAUCUUGUGGAGAGAUGAAAAUUUCUCCUUGUACCAAACACGAUCUGAGGAGCCACACAAAUCACUCUCUAUUGAUAGUCUGAUGAUUCAUAAUGUUGAUGAGCCAACGACUUCAAAUUGGCGUGCAGAGACUAUUGCUAAUGAAAUUGCUAUUUUCCGAGAAUUGUUGUCAGAGACAAGCUGUAAAAUUGGAAAACUGACGUUGGCAAGAUUACUAACAGCUCAGGAUGAUAUUCAGUCUCAAUGUGGAAACAAGACGGUCAAUUCUGAACAAGUUCUGGAGCUUUAUGCUGACCUAAUAAAGUUGGAUGCGACACAUCGUCAGUAUUACAAAGAUGAGCACAGCUUAGUUUGCUUGCAGCAGAUAACUUCUAGUAAGGAGUCUCUACUAAAACACUGCUUUAGCCAUGAAACCCUGGCUUCUUCAAGCAUUGGCAAUUACAUAUGUCUACGUCUAAAUAAGUUAUCCUUAACACGGGUGGGAUCCAUUGAGAAAUUAUUGUGGGUCCAAAUGCUAGACCUCAGCCACAAUGAACUUCGUUCAAUUGAAGGAUUGGAGGCCAUGCUGCUUCUAUCUUGCUUAAAUCUUGGUAACAACAAGCUCGGUAGUUUCACUGCUCUUGCGCCUUUGAGAAUGUUGAAGUCACUACAAGUGCUGGAUAUAUCAUUCAAUGAGAUAGGUUCCCACACUAUUGACAAGACAAGGUAUCUAUGCUCGUCUCCUCUUUCUCACACAGAAGAAAUUAGUUGGAACAACGACCAAAUUAUGAAAGGAGGUGUCAAUGUGACAAGUUAUUGGGAUGCUUUCCUGAUAUUUAAAAGCAUGAGCUUGACACAAUUGGCCAUAUCGGGGAAUACAGUUGCAGGUGAAAACUUCAAAUCGUUUUUGGUCAAGGUAGUUCCUACUCUCGAGUGGCUGGAUGGUGAUAAAUUGCACUGAUCUGUACUCCUUUGUCUACUUUAUACGUGAUUCUCUUUCAUUUUUUUCUUUCCCCUAGAUAGAUUUCACUGUAGUACAAUCUUAACAAAAAGUAGUUAUUCGUGACAAUGGGUAAUAUACACGAUAAAUCUUUAGUC